AUGCUUUUUGGAUUGGUGACAAGUAAGUAAAACUAUUUUUUUGAUUCCUAAACCAAUGAUUAUUAAAAUGAAAACACAUAAGAUCUAACUAAAUACAAUAAUGCUAAAAUAAGUUAAAUUCAAUUAUAAGUUUUUAGUUGUUGCUUAUCCUUUCUAAUAAAAUUCAAUUAAAUAGAAGAUAGGGUAGAACCUUUAAAUUUAAUUUUUCAAUUUAACUGAUGUGCUUUAAACUAGAAAUAAAAAGCUUUUUAAUAUGAAUGAUAAACAAUAACCAAAAAUCUAAUUAGAAAUAGAUUUAGAUAAUCAAAUUGUGAAGACCUAUUUUAAAACAACUGAAGGUGUAGAAAUAAUAUCAAAUAAAGAAUUUGAAAGAACUUUUAGUCCAACAAAAGAUAUUGAAGAUCAAUAUUAUCUUUUUCUUAAGAAGUAUGAAUUAAAUAAUUAUCAUAGAAAUGUUAAUCAUUUACCAUAAUUUAAGGAUGCUUUAAAUUUAAAUAAUAUUAAAGCAUAUACAUAAGAAAAUCAAUAAACCAUAUACUCAAAUAUAUGCAAUAAUUUUAUUUGUGAUCUUGUAAUAUCUAAUUUGGCAACAAGUGUUAUCAUUAUUAGCAAAGAAUUUCAGAACUUUUCAUCUUUAAAUUUUGUUCAAUAUAGACCAUAUUUUAAGCAACUAUUCAGCGAUAUUUCUAUUAAAAUAAUUAAUGAAUAAUGUCCUUUAUUUAAUUACAUUUGA